AGAACGCAUGCGCACUAGGGCCUUCGUCUUUAUUUACUGUGCAUAUGGCCGCAAAAUAUUUCCAUACUUAAUUCAUUACUUGUAAUGAUUUUAAUGAUAUAUAAAUUGGUGUUUUGGCAGCAGCUCACUUCUGGACAGGACUAAAGGGAUUGGGGACCAUGCUGAGGGCUUGUCUCAGAGGUGCAAACUUUACACUCCAGAAGCAACAUGGGAGAAUCACGCUGCAACACUGCAGACAUUACACAGGUGGAGAUAGCAGCAGUGGUGCUGCCAAGGUGAUGACAGUGGGCUUGGUGACGGUCGGCGGUGGCAUCGGAGGAACCAUACUCUGCGCCAAAUGGGACCACAAGUUCAGAUCGGCAGUGGAGAGAAAUGUUCCCUAUUCAGAUUGGCUUUUGGGUCUUGCUUUGGGACCUCCUCCCCAAGAAACUGCACUUCCUUUCAAGAAACAGACUGAUUCGGCCCAGCCGCCGUCAAUGAUGGAUAGAACAAUGAAAAAAGCCAAGCCGGACAAGAAAGUGAAGGAUUCGUCAGAGAGUCCUAUGAAAGAAGCCAGUCUUCCAUCAGUACAACCCACACAGAGCCUGGAGGUCGGCGACAUCCCUGAGGAGGCCUCAGUGGAGGCGACGCAUAUCAUUUCAGCCAUCAGUGAAGUUCCAUCAGUUCCUGCUCCUUGUGACACUGAGGUGACACCACUCAAAGAGGAAUGCAAGGAGUGUCAUGGGCAUAAGCAGAGUCCGGAAACCGAGUCUCUCGCAGCAGUAGAAGCACUCAAAGAACGUCCCGUAGAAGAGGUGACGGCUCGACUGGCUCAACAAGACCAAGAAGAACAGGACAUCCUCGCAUUGGUGUCGGCUAAUCUUGAUGACUCACUGGCCAGCUCAGCUAAAGCUACACUGCAAGCCAUUGGUGCUCAGGAGGCCGCCCUUCAGGCCAUUACUCGACACACACAAAAACUGAAGGAAGCUAUGGAAGCAGAGGUUCCACCUCAGGAGAAGUCAUCCCAGUGGAAGGAUUUGGAGGCUAGUCUUGCCAAUAGAACAUCUGCUGAAGAAGAUGCCAGGACUGCUCUGCUGAAAGCUAACGAGUCUUUGGACAGUCUCAAGUCUGUCAUUGUCAAAUCCCAAGACAAGAAUAUCCCUGCCGUGCGCCCGCUCAUCUUAGCGGCAGAGGAGAAUCUCCACAAGAUGGCGGUGGACCUGGAUAAAGUGUGCAGUAGGGUUCAGUCUGCAGAGACGGAAGCUAAGAUCGUGUCUCAGUACAGUGAACUGGUUCAGGAAGCUAAACUACAAUUCCAGAAAGAAGUGAGCAGCCUUACUCCAGAGAUUCAAGCCAACUGGAAGGGACUCACUGGAAAGCUGUCAACUGAUGACCUGAAUGCGCUGAUCGCCCACGCGCACCGUCGCAUUGACCAGCUCAACCGCGAGCUUGCCGAGCAGAGAGUAAGGGAGCAGAUCCACAUCGAUGCGGCUCUGAAGCAACAGAAGAUGGAGCACCUGAAAUCCCGUGAAGAAAGCGUGAAUAUGUCCCUACAGCACAUCAAGGAGGAGGCCAGGCUGGAACAGGAGAGGAAGCUAGCUGAAUUGAGAGAAGUGAUGGAGGCAGAGAUGAGGACUCAACUUCGACGUCAGGCCGCCGCUCACACAGACCACGUCCAAGAUGUUCUCAAAGUGCAGGAGCAGGAACUGAAAGCUGAAGCUGAGCAGGUCCUGAACAGCAAGCUGUUGGAACAAGAGACUCAAUACCGUCAGCUGAGCCAGGAGCACCUGGAUAACUUCACUCUGGAUAUGAACGCUGCCUACGCAAGACUCAAGGGAAUGGAGGAGGCCAUCGACAGUCACGUGGUUGCAGAGGAGGAGGCUCGAAAAGCCCACCAGCUGUGGCUCAGCGUGGAAGCUCUCAACUACACCUUGAAAACGGCAGACGCCGACACCCCCACGCAGCCGCUCGAGGGCGCCGCUCAGGUGGUGCGAGACAGUUGCCAUGACAACACCUUUGCCUUGGCUCUGGCUUCGGCGCUUCCCCAAGAAUCUCUACAGCGCGGCGUCUACAGCGAGGCGUCUCUCCGCGCACGGUUCUAUGGUCUGCGCUCGCUGGUGCGCAGAGUCGCACUCAUCGACGAAUCUCACAACUCUUUGUACCAGUACUUCCUGUCCUACCUGCAAGCCGCACUGCUGUUUGAGAGUAAGCAGGAAGCACCCCCCGCCCAGCUAAACAGUGAGGAUCUAGACCCGUUCAAGCUGCUGUCAUAUGCCAGCUACUGCCUGGAGCAUGGCGAUCUGGAGUUGGCAGCUAAGCUGCUCAACCAGCUGACAGGAGAGGCCAGGAGAGUGGUGGAGGAUUGGCUUCAUGAAGCCAGACUCACCCUAGAAACCAAACAGGCGGUCAAUUUGUUGUCGGCUUAUGCUAACGCUGUCGGCUUAGGAACCACACAGGCUCCGUAGGCUCAUCUUCUCACCUUUUAGAAAAUGCUUCAGUAUCGUACCCGCCCUGCUUUUCCACACCGAGUUAAUUGUAGAGAUUUUCAUGGAUGAUCGACCACUUAUUUAUUUGUUCUCUGCUCAAGUGUCAUUCACUUGUUUAAAGAAUAGAUCUUUUCUCAAUAAUGCACAUCACAAUAAAUCAUUAGAAAGUGGAAAUUGUUCAU